AUGGGGUCUCAUGAGCGAGAAGUUAGGCACCUUAACCAACGUUUGGUUCAUCCCACAGCGCCAGUUCUGCUUACCAAAAAUGGCCCACUUGGAGCUCGCGUUCGUGUCAACAGUUCAACAAAGAAACCGAGACAACAUACCCAUUGAAAGUUUGA